AUAGCGUUCUACCAAAUAUUUUCUUAAUUAAAACCCGACCCUAUGGUUAGAGAUCCAAUCUACAGGCCAGUGGCGAUAGAUUAGAGAAAAACCAAAGGCAGAGCAAAUUUGAUAAAAGAAAAAUCUAAAAAAUACCCCCAAAAAAAAGGGAAAAAAAGUUUACAUUGAGAGAUGGUGAGCAAAACAGAGGAGACCCAAUUGAAUAGGCUUGAAAACCAGGUAGAUAAUGGAGGAGGAGGUGCUUGGGAGUACCUUUGCCUUGUGAGAAAGCUCAAAGUUAGGCGUUCAGAGAAAGUCUUGAAAUAUGGUUUAUCCAUCUUAAAUGAUCCCAAGAAAAGAUCUGCUCUUGGCCCUGAAGAAUGGACUUUGUAUGAGCAGGUAGCUAUUGCUGCUAUGGAUUGCCAAUGUCUCAACGUUGCAAAGGAUUGUAUAAAGGCUUUACUGAAAAAAUUUCCUGAGAGCAAAAGGGUUGGCAGGCUGGAGGGCAUGUUGCUUGAAGCAAAGGGAUCGUGGGCUGAGGCUGAAAAAGCUUACUCAAGUCUUUUAGAGGACAAUCCACUUGAUCAAGUAAUACAUAAGAGGAAAGUAGCCAUGGCAAAGGCUCAAGGAAAUAUUUCAGGGGCUAUUGAGUCGCUUAAUAAAUAUCUUGAAAUAUUUAUGGCAGAUCAUGAUGCUUGGAGAGAACUUGCAGAGAUAUAUGUCUCCCUACAAAUGUACAAACAAGCCGCUUUCUGCUAUGAGGAGCUUAUUUUAUCUCAACCAACAGCUCCCUUGUAUCAUCUGGCCUAUGCUGAUGUACUUUACACACUCGGCGGACUGGAAAACCUUCAGACCUCGAAGAAAUACUAUGCAUCAACUAUUGACUUGACUGGAGGCAAGAAUACCAGAGCACUUCUUGGAGUUUGCUUGUGCACGUCAGCCAUCGGACAGGUUUCAAAAGGAAAGAACAAGGAAGACAAGGAGAGUCCAGAGCUGCAGUCUUUGGCAGCAAAAGCCUUGGAGAAAGAAUACAGGCAGAAAGCUGAUGAUAAACUAGGCUUGCUUACUUCUGCUUUAAGAAGUUUGAAAAUUUAGUGUUAAACCCUAACGACAUUGAAUCAAAGUUUUUUGAUUAUUGCCCCAUAAGGGGUCCAAAGAUAAUUUUCAGGAAUGUUUUAAUAUCUUAAAAAUGUUUCAAUCUUUGCUAAAUUUUAAGUUACAUUGUUGUCAUUUCUGUGUUUUUGAUCAAGGUGGUAAUGGAUAGUGUUGAUUCGAGCUUUUUUAGAGGUCA